AUGGCAGACAAAUUGAGUCAAAAAUUAAAUAAAAUGAGCCAGUCUUCUUCAAAGAAGGCUGGUGUCUCUGCGGCUAAGGAGACAGGACCUUCAGGUAUGGGCAGUCCAGUUUCUUUCCCAGUAGAGGAUGAAGAACCAAAAUCGAAAGUUGGUGAACAACAACAACCACAACCAAGAAGGAAAUCUUUUCUUGAGAAUAAUAAUCCCCAAGAAUUUCAACCAAUGCCACGUAAGAAACGUGUCUCUUCUUUGUCUUUGAGUGAUCAAUGGUCAGCAGUGACUCCAUUGCAUCCCGAAGGUUCAUCUUCGAAAGUUUCUCGUCAUGGUAGUGUGACAAGCGGUGGACAUAAAGGCUCACGUAGUCGUAAAAGUUCUAUACCAGUUCGUCAUAGGAAGUCUGUGGUCAAUCACGAAAGGGUCGCAUCUUAUGCUUUUGCAUUUGACAUUGAUGGUGUUUUGGUCAAAGGUCCUGAAACUAUUCCUCAGGGGCCUGAAGCUUUACGUAUGUUGAAUGGCCAUAAUAAAUACAACAUCAAAGUUCCCUACAUCUUCAUUACCAAUGGUGGUGGUAGGUCAGAAAAGGCACGUUGUAGAGAUUUGAGCAAACGUUUAGGUAUUACCGUUACAGAGGAUCAAGUGAUCCAAGGUCAUACCCCAAUGAAAGAUUUGGUUGAUGUCUAUGAAAAUGUUCUAGUUGUAGGGGGUGUCUUGGAUUCUUGCAGGAAGGUUGCUGAAGGAUACGGAUUUAAGAACGUUUACAUUCCAUUAGAUGUUAUGAAGUGGAAGCCUAGCGUUACCCCUUACUACGUGCUAAAUGAAGAGGAGAGGAACAUCGCUAAGGAUGUAGAUUUCUCAAAAAUUAAUAUUCAAGCAAUAUUAGUGUUUGCAGAUUCAAGAAACUGGGCCGCCGAUCAACAAAUUAUCUUGGAACUAUUGAUGAGUGAAAAAGGUGUUAUGGGAACAAUUAGCCCAACUUAUGAUCAAGGCCCAGGGCUUUAUUUUGCUCAUAGUGAUUUUGUUUGGGCAACCGAUUAUGGUCUUUGUAGAUAUGGUAUGGGUGCAUUGCAGGUUUCGAUUGCAGCUUUAUAUGAAGAGCAUACUGGUAAAGAACUACAGGUUACUAGAUUUGGUAAACCACAGAGAGGUACAUUUAGAUUUGCUGAAAAAGUGCUAUCAAAUUGGAGAAGAGAAACACUCUCUGAACAUGUUGAAAACUUAAAAUUAGAAGAUCCAGAUGAAGGUGAAAAUAAGGAAACGCCUUUUGGUGAUUCCGAUUCGGAAGAAGAUGAAGCAGAUUGGGGUAAUGAUAGUGGUGAAAGACCCGGUGAUUUAGUUUUGGAAUUACCACCAGCUUCAACAGUAUAUUUUGUCGGUGAUACACCGGAAUCUGAUAUUAGAUUUGCUAAUUCUCAUGACUCAACUUGGUACUCCAUCCUCGUCAAGACAGGUGUUUACAAGGAUGGCGUUACACCAAGGUAUACCCCAAAGAAAACAUGCGAAAAUGUUUUGGAGGCCGUUAACUUUGCAAUUGAAAGGGAACAUGCAAAGGAAUUGAAAGAAUGGAAUGAAUCGUGUGCUGAAGAAACAGUGAUUCAUCAAGAAGGAAAUAAAAAACCAGUUAAAGAAGAGGACGAUGAAGGAGAAGCACCAUUGACUACGAAUGACUUAAAAUCGAUAAGGGCCGAAACUUCAAGUUAG